AUGCCUCAGGCAAAUGCAUUGUAUAUCCCAAUACAACAAUCAGGUGACGUAAUCGCAAACGACGGUUUCCCCUCGCUACGGCGGCAUCGUUCAACUGAGAGUAAGAAAAGUCUUCCUGAGAUGAGCUGUCACGCAUGUUUUCGCGCUCCAGCUUCGCGAAUACGUUUUUUCUGCCCUACCUGUGCCCGCAAUCAGCUGUAUCAGUUGCGUAUCGAAAACGCCAGAAUUCUGCUCGAAAAACAAUCUAUCGCUGAAAAAAUCGAAGCUACCGCGACACUUGGCACAGCGCAAGCAGAACCGUCAUGUGAACAUGAUGGGAAUAUCGUCGCUUGCGAGGUUGGAUCUUCUACAAAGUGGACUCUCCAAAGCAUUGCCAAGGAAGAAGCUGAGUCGUCCGCAAGGAUGAGGUCAGUCUCGGAUCGGAUCGAAAGCCUAAUCUCUGAGAUAAAUGACAAAAGACUCGAUAUUUCCCAACGCAGACUCGCAUUGGCGCGGCAAAACUCGGAUUCUGAAUCUGCGCAGUAUCAACUUGGUGAGCGGGAGACUACAAUACUAGCUAGCAUACAGAACAAUACCAAGAGGGCGGAUCAUCUCUGGCAUUCUCUUCAUAGCAAGACUGCAGAGGCCCGAAUAUUCCUCUGCCGAGAAGCCGCCAAUCUUUACAGGCUUCAGCGAAAGACAAAGAACAAGGAUGGCGCACUCCAAGAGACAUACACAAUAGGUGGUGCUACACCGGCUUGUAUAUCGACCUCUUUUUUUUAUGUUGCGCACCUUCUUGUCCUUGUGUCACAUUAUCUGUCUCUCAAACUUCCAGCGGAAAUCACACUUCCUCAUAAAGACCAUCCUACAUCAACUAUAUCUGCACCCUCCGCAUCAUAUCCUUCAAGGGAACCACCAUUUCCACAUUCUGUACCGCCAGAACCCAGAAUAGGCUCGCCCCGUCCCCCCCGGCCUCGGCCCCUCUCCAUCGACAGGGCGCUUCCGAAAUUGGCUCGGGAGGACCCUGGAACAUAUGCGUUAUUUCUUGAAGGGGUAACAUUACUGGCUUGGAAUGUGUCGUGGCUGUGUCGAACCCAGGGUAUAAACAUAAUGUCAGAUUCUUGGGAAGAAGUUUGUAACGUUGGAAAGAAUAUGUGGCAACUACUUGUGGCACCUCCUGCGCAGCCGUCAACUCUAUCAAGAGCUUUUGCUGGACGUGACUUACAGACGAAGAUGAGAAUAUCAAGGGACUCACCAAGGACUACUAUCCAACGCACAAUGUCAUUCCCGAUGCUGGGGCAUUAUUCACACGGCACUGCACAUUCUUUUUUGGGUGCCGCUGAGGGCGUGGAAUUUACGCGCACUUGGAAACUUCCAACUCCAACCAGGGUUGUGGACAAAUUAAAGUCAACUUUGUUGGGAGAAAUGGCCAGCGCAGAAUGGGAGUUGCUGGAGGGGGACUGGGACGAUACAAGCCAGGAGCCAAGUCAAUCAGCAACACUUGGACAGCUGUCUGUCACCGCUGGCUUGCCUCACCAACGGAGACACACUGGGGAUAAUGUGGAUGGUACAGUUCUCGGUGCGGACACCUUGAGUGGACCUUGCGGACCCACUCGAUUGAAGGGAACGAGCGGCUGGACAAAGCUGAGAAACAGGUAGAAAACGGCGGACGAACUGCUAGACCUCGUUCGUCGGGCAUUUUCAAGAUCAAGAUUUCCAGAAUUGGAUACCUGUGCCCGUAGGCAUACAGUUAUACAUCCAUACCUUCAGUGUUGGUGAGCUCAUUUUGUUGUCGUUGUUGGGGUUUGGAUGACUACCUACAAAGCGCCUCAUAGUACGUCAAAAAUUAGAAUUUGUACACCUGUAAAAAAAUUCAAUGGUUUUUUCUGGAGCGUGCUGAGCAGUUCCCAAUCG